GUGGAGGUGGGGGGAGACCCGGGGACGCAUGCUCUGUGCCGGCUGGAGGGAUUCCGCCUCGAGCUGGGGGUCCCCAAACAAAGGUGCUGGAAGGGUGAAGCUGCGUGGGCACUGUCGGGCACCGAGCUUAGACACAUCUGCAGGGAAGGCGGUCGCAGCACAGUCGUGUCCCACCCAUCUCUCGCCGAUCCUUUCCUGCGGUUGCUGGGCCGCGCGCAGCCACGCGCACAACCUGCGGGCAGGCCACUCGCUAUGGCCGCUCGGCCCGCCGCCGGGGCCCCGCUCUCGAUGCUGUUCCCGCUGCUGCUGCUGCUGCUGGUCGCACCAGGGCUUCUAACGGCCGAGCCCGCAUCAGGAAGUGUCAUCCCGGCUGAAAGUCGACCUUGUGUGGAUUGCCAUGCUUUUGAGUUCAUGCAGAGAGCCCUCCAGGACCUGAAGAAGACUGCCUACAACCUGGACACACGGACAGAGACCCUCCUCCUACAGGCUGAAAGAAGAGCCCUGUGUGAAUGCUGGCCGGCGGUAUCCUAGGCCAAUCCCGUUUCUGCCCUGCAGUUUAAAAACAAAAACAAAACUGCAGGAAACUGGCUCAAGAUGUAAGCCUCUGAACCUCCCCAGAAAGAAAGGGGUUGUUCCUCGUCCUUCCCCCCAGAGCACAUCUUCCCUGCUUCUGCCUGCAUCACCUCAGCUCUGGCCCCUGCACUGUGAACACUCAUGUCUGCGGGCCAGGGAGCCCCUGACACAAGGCCAGUUUGUCUUUGGUCCCUCCCAUCUCCCUUUCAGGACCCCUCAUCCCCCUCCUGGGCCCUGCCUCCCAUCCAUACUAAGGUGCUAAGGUAUUAUUGACAGGAAGAGCCCCCCAAAGCUGUGAGCGCCUAGGGGUGCUUCAGUUCAAUUCAAUAAACAUUUUGUCUUUCAGCUUCCUGCUCCCUAGUUUUGAGUGUUUCUGGCCCUCUUUUUCUUCUUUAUCUCUCUUCUUUUUCUCCCUCUUCUUUCUUUCUUCUCUGUUUCUCCCUUCUCU